AAUAGUUUACAUAUGGCGACCAAGGCGUUCUGAGAGACUUGUGAUAAGGUAGUUUCUUCAAAAUGUCAUCCCAGACAGAGGUGCCGGGGGUAAAUAAUGCCGUGGCGAAGCUUCAGGAACUUGGUGACCGAAUGAGAUCCGAACAUUUUGGAUUUCUUGACAGUGAUGUUAGCAAUAUUGACAAAGUUAUAGAAGCACUCCAUGAGCUGGAACAAGAGCGCAAGCAGCUUCAUGAUGAAUUGGAGACAGAAACUAUCAAAGCCAGUGUUAAUCGUCACAAGUUACAAUUUCUGCCUGCUGAAAUCAAAGAAGAAAUUAUGGUUGCGGUCAACUCUGCCCGUCAGUCUAAUGCGAAAGCCCAACAGGAAAUGCAGGACAAGCUUGACAACAUCAACAAGAAUAUUGUGUAUCAGGGAGAGCGCCACCAAGAGCUGGAGAAGGAAAACUCCAUACUGCACCCUGAGAGAGAGUUGGUUCGUCAGCAGCAUGAAGAGAUCAUAUCCCAGCUUAACCAGAGGAUGGCAGAGAAAGCCAGCAUGCAGAUUGCCUUGAAUGAGACCAGAGACAAAGUUCGCCAAGCCAAUCAGAAUAUUGUGGACCUGGAGGACGGGAUCCUGCAGCUGAAGGAGGACCUGAUCCAGGAGAGGACGGAGGCGAGGCACGAGAAGAAGAGACUGAAAAAAGCUGUGGCUGAUACGGCAGAGAAGACCAAAGACCAGCGAGAAUACAACAUGGGCAAAAAGAAAGAGCUGGACAUUCAUCAUGAGCUGCUGACCGACAGUGAAGGGAAGCUGGAUGCACUCAGGAAGAGUAUCCGUCGGUUUGAGACGACCAAGUCGAGGCUGGAGGAGGAGGAGAACAACCUUAGUGCUCGACUGGCGAGGGAGAUGAAGAUGAACAAGGCGCUGCAGGCCAAGGGGCAGAAGAUUCUAGGAGAGACGGAGGCUGAGAAGAAGAGGUUUGAAGAAGAUGAGAAGAAACUGACUGACAAGAUAAACCAGUUUGAUCGUGAGGUUGAAGAGGAAGGAGAGAGUCUGAAGGAACUAGAGAUGGUUAAGAUGGACCUACAAGCCGAUCUGCGAGAGAAGUUGGAGAAGAAGAAAGCAGAUGCAGAUAGGGUUGAGGAACUGGACAAACUAUUACAAUCAGCAAAGCAAAACUUGACCAUGAAGGCUGAAGAUGUGGGCCGCAUGCAAGCAGAGAACAUCGACAUGACUGAAGAGAUAGAGAACGUGGCAGAAUCUCACAAGGCCGUGGUGGCGCAGCUCAACAAGCAACUGGAGGAGUUCAGGGAGAUGCUCAACAAUGAGAGGAAGGACAGAUUUGAUAUGCAAGGUAAGAAGGACCAUGUACAGAAGGAUCUGGAGGACUUCAAGACUGAACAGCAGAGAUUCAUGCAGUCUGUCAACCAGAAGAUCCAGGAGGGGAAGACAAAGCACGUGGAGCUCGCUAAUGAGGGUGCCCAGAUUCAGAAGGACCUACGUAAAGAUGAGGAGGAGAUUCACAAACUGCAAGCGGAGUUGAGCACGCUGGAGGAGAGGUAUAAAGACAUGUUCUCCGCCAUGCACAGCAAGACAACGGCCUUGGAGGAGGAGAUUGUUACCAUGGAGACUGACCAAGUGACCAAGUCCCAGCAGGUGUGUGAGCAGAUGCCAGUGUUUCAGCAGCUGGAGGUGAGCUUUGAAGAGAGGUCAGCGGCCUACGACAAGAUGAAGAAGGAUGUUGUAGGCUUGAAGAACAAGAAAAUGAGUUUAGAAGAUGCAAUAAUGAAGUCCAAGCGAGAGAAGGAGGCCAUGGCGGCGCCCCAGGUCAAGCUAAGAGAGGACCUGAAGCAGCUGCGAGGGGAGUCCCUAACACAGAUGAAGGCUCAGGGCCAGCUGAUGCAGACCACGGAGGAACAGAUCUACAUGGAGGGCAGUAAGCUGAAGAAGGUCAUGGAGGAGAACCACAGGUUUCAGGAGAGUUGCAAGAAGCUGGAGGCUGACAUUGUGGACAUCCAGUCUCAGAUGGAGAUGAACGAGGAGGCCACCAUGCGGCUACAGAAAGAACUGGUCAAGUCUAAAGAGGCCCUUGUUACCAGCUGGGAGUCAGACCGGGUCAUGCAGGAGUUGUUUGCUAACCGAGACAAGGAGACGGUAGAAGCGUUUGGGCGUCUGCUGGAGAAGACGGGGAACCGCGAGACCACUAUCUCUGAUGUGACGGGUCGACUGACGGAUGAGCUUUCCGUUCUGGCUAAUUUUCUGGACAAUGUGUCCAGUAGACGACCUCGAGGCAAACAGCGAAUCUCAAGAAACGAGAAGCGGCCUGCGACCAAACAAAGCCAGCGCCCGGAGACCCGGGACGGGCAGCACCCAUCGAGCUCACAGCGCAGUCGAAGCAGUAGCCGCUGCAAAUCUCGCGUCACCUGGGACACCACAUCCCCCGGGUCUCGACCUGAGAGCCAGUCGCCAGUCAAACACAGAGAAAAGUCUGACAUCUCGACCCACCACUUCAGGGUCAAGACCAGCCUCUAAAAGCACAACUAACUUCAGAACCCCUCGGUCCACCAGGGUUGUAACAACACCUAAGUCUGCCAAAUCAUGAACAAUUUCAUAGAAAUACUUAAAGCUAAGCUGUGAUUUACUAGUUAUUGAGAGAUUAUAAGAUGUAUAUUGUAUUCAUGGAUGUUUAUAUUGUGUUGCAAUGUAACUUCAGGAACACUAAAAGGCUCUUCAACUGACA